AUGGCUAAAGACAAAGGAUCCUCUGGUGUUCCAUCUGAAAAGAAAGGUGCUACUCUUUUCAAGACUAGAUGUUUACAAUGUCAUACCAUCGAGGAAGGUGGUCCACACAAAGUUGGUCCAAACUUACAUGGUAUCUUUGGCAGACGUUCUGGUCAGGCUCCAGGUUAUUCAUACACCGAUGCUAACAUUAAGAAGAACGUUCUUUGGGACGAAAACAACAUGUCCGAAUACUUACUUAACCCAAAGAAAUACAUUCCAGGUACCAAGAUGGCUUUUGCUGGUUUAAAGAAGGAAAAGGACAGAGCAGACUUAAUCGCUUAUAUGAAAAAGGCUGCCUCUGAGUAG